CUGCACUGGUGCCGGUGCCCGACUCUCCCGAGCCCUCUUCUGUACUGGUGUCAGUGCCCGACUCUCCUGUGCCAUCUGCUGCACUGGUGUCAGUGCCCGACUCUCCUGUGCUCUCUGCUGCACUGGUGCCGGUGCCGGGCUCUCCUGUGCCAUCUGCUGCACUGGUGCCAGUGCCCGACUCUCCUGUGCCAUCUGCUGUGUUGGUGCCAGUGCCCGACUCUCCUGUGCCAUCUGCUGCACUGGUGUCGGUGCCCGGCUUCCCUGUGACCGACGGAGCUGUGCCUCCUGCACAAGGUGUGCCUUCAGCAGCAGCCGAGCCCGACGGACCUGUGGCCUCAGCUUUGCAAAUGCCUGGUGCAUCUGUAUCCCCUGUGGUGACUGACACAGCUGAACUGCCGUCUGCGUCUGACUGCACAUCUGCUGAAACAAAUCCACCUGUCAAGCCCAAGCUUACUAAACAGCAACCCGACAAGGGUAAAACGAGAACAUCUAAUUCUAAUACAGGAGGUCCAGAUGUUAUUUAUCUAUUUGACACAGCUGAGGACCCCAAUAAUGAUACGGAUACUGAAACAGCAUCUACUCUAUCAACUGGAACGUCACUGGCUGCACCGACUUCUGCUGCUGAAAAAAGUGUUGAUGGUGGUAGCUUUGUUUCUAAGCGUACAGGAAGUGAGCGCCUGAAUAGCUCUCUUAUCCUAGUUAAUGUUGGAAGUCCUACUGCAUCUCCUGAAGUAGAGAUAGGCCAAGUGAAUACCUGCAGUCCCCUUAAAUCUGAAUCAAUCCCCAUACCUAGUUCUCCAAAGUGCUCCAGUGAGUCAUUGCGUGUGUGUAAGGUAGUACUAGAAAGACUGGAUGUGUCGAAAACUAAAAGAACAAAGCCUUACUUCUGUAGAGUUUGCAGAGAGAAAUUUUCAAAUUCUUUAGCACUUUUAGAACAUAAAACUGAGUUCCCUCAGAAUAGUUGUGCUUAACCUUUAAUGGUACCUUUGCUUCACAAGUAGUUUGUUGUACUUGUUUUCUUUUGCAUCAGUAUUUUAUCCAACAAUUUUUUCUGAUUAACAUUUCAGAUUUUGAAAUGUUUUAUUGUACCCUGUUGAAAACAAGUUAUCUUCUGUUUUACUUGUUUAACAACAGAAUUAAAUUUCUCUUUGCAUGCAGUGCACUUUGCUCUUCGUUAACCUGACUAUUUCACCAUUUCAAGGUGCUGUAUUCUGUAACUAGAUUUUACAAUAAUUACUUAAUGUAGACUGUCUAAUUUACUACUUUUUGAAAUGUUAUGUGUUUGCUCUUAAUAAUCACAGCCUGAUUUUGAACCUA